UGCCGGUGGUAACAUUGUCUACAGCGAGGAGGCUCAGCAGACUGACGGCCUGGUAACACUGGCGCCGGGCGGGGAGUGAGGGGGUUGGGAACACUGGCAGUAGUAUUUGAUCUCGGUGCCAAAAGCGUGCCAGCCUCAGCUUCCCCUCUCUCCCGUCCCUCUGUCGCUCCCUCUCCCACUGUUCCUCUACCCUGCUGGGAGGCUGGCGGGGAGUCCACCCAGUGCUCUCUGGCAACUUAUUCCGUCGUCCGCAAGUGGCUGUGUUGAUUUAAGUAAUUUAAGUGCUGACGGCGGUCGGCGUUACAAGUGCUGAUGGUACAUGUUGCAUUCUGUCCCGGUGCUUCUUGUGCUGGGCUGCAGGCGUGCUGUCUUAGUCGUACAUUAGUGUUAUGGUCGAGUGUACGUACCAGUGUCACCCCCUCCCUGAAUCCCCGUGUGUUGUGCCGCUAAUAGCUGAGGUGUGAUUUGUGUCCCGUAGUGGUGUGUUCAAGUACAUGCAGUGUGAGGAGCAGGCCAACCCAAAAGAAGAGGAAAAAGGAGGCGACAACAUACAGCCUGGGGAGGGAGAAGGAGAAGGUGGAAUCCAUGAAAGCACCGAGAAGCUUGAGCAACAACCCGGAAAACUCACCACCACAACCACACUAGAGAACGUGAGUGUCAGAACGCACGAGAUAACAGAACCGGAGGGAACUACGCCAGAGUUUGAAGAACGCGGCACUCGAGAAGGUGGAGGAGGGGAGAAGCCAAACACGGAUGAUUCAGGAAGGAAAGAAGGAGACUUACCAAGGGAACGUGAGGAGGGGAAGGAGGAGGAGGAGAAGGGGCGUGUUGAGGCAGAGGAAAAAGAGAUAAACAGUAGAGAGGCGUCCAGUGCACAGACAGGACAACAAGAGACCGUCUACUGGGGUGUGACGCGAGGAGGAGAGCUGCCCCCGUCUGUCAGUGCAUGUUUCGAAGUCUCGCCAUCCUUGCUGGCGAGGGUGCAGGAACGUCUGCUUUCCCUGCCGGGGCGCGCCAAUAGGUACUGCCUUCCCCGGAGUCUGCCCACAACCCCUAUCAUGCCUCUGGAGGUGUUACGAAGGAAGGUGAAGGAGGCGAGACACAAACUCCUCCACCACUCCCACUCGUCUUCUAAAGGCUCCCACAAGGACAGCAAAUCAUCAGCCAGCGAUUGCAGUAGUGUGAGCGAUUCCUCAGUACCGGUAACCUCGACUCCGAUAGUAAGCAUUCGAGGAACCGGAGGCUACAGGGAAGUGGAGGAACCCCUACAGAAGUACUGGGGUGGUGAGGAGAGAAGCGGGACAGUAGAGGAAGAGAUAGAACUCCUGCAACACCUGGCCAAGUCACGGAAACGCUCGGCGCAACUCAGGAGGAUUCGUGACUCGUUGCUCCUGCAAGUACGAAGUCGCCCGAACUCCGUGGUGACGCCCCUCGAUCCCGCCCACCCGGCCCAGACACCCAAGAACGACAUGCAGCAGCUUAGGGAUUUCCUGUUGGACAUCGGUUUCGUCCAAGACUACUCAAUACUCAACAGGCAUGGGUAUGACUUGGCCACCGCCGCGCACAUGGACGCCCUGGACCUGGCUGGGGCGGGCGUCACGGAGCCCCUGCACAGGAUGGCGCUCAAACACGAACUGAACUUGAUGCAGCGACCGCCACAGGUUCCGGAGGAGGUGCCAGAGACAGUGGAGCAGUGGCUGGAGGGACUUGCCCUGACGGAUUACGUGGACAACUUUCACCUCAAUGGCAUCUACUGUCCCCUUGCGGCUAUCAAUCUGACCAAGCGCGACCUGCAGCUCAUGGGCGUGUAUAUGCAGGGCCACAGGAAGAAGAUACUGUUGUCACUUGCGGCGCUGAAAGAAUCACUCUUCAGACAGCAGUAAACGUAGAGAGAGAACUGACCAGUGUGAAUGUGCGUGCAAGACAGAGCGAUAAAGAGAGAGGGAGUAAAUUACCAAACUAAUCCGAGUACAUUUGUCAUAGAUAUCGUUUUUAUUUCAUUAGUUUUAGAUUAGAUACGGCCGAGGUUAUUAAUCGAGUAGUUUUCUGCAUUCAUAUCCAUUGUGUUUUGUGUGUUUGUCUCAGUCUAAUGGCACUUUCAUUGGCCAUCUUUUUUCUGCCUUUUUGUUGCCUUUGUUCAGAGUCCAUCUUACAUAAAAAAACAGACUCACCAUUUGACAGCUUAAGGUUGAGGGAAAACACUUUAAACACAGAAGCGAAUGCAGUAUGUCACUACUAAUUUCCUUGACUGUACGUUAUUAUAUAAACGUCAUUAGUUUUACUACGGAUGGACCAAACAUUUCUUGACGCGACUGAGUUAAUGAAAAAGGUUAAGAUUUUCAAAGAUGUACAUUAGUAAAGUUACAAUGUUGUGUAUAGGACGCUUGUUGUGAUGACAGCCACACAGGGCAGGUGAUAUUUAUUAAACUGUUAUCAUUAAACCAUAGUUACCGAAAUA